AUGACCAUUAAUCUGCUUGGCUCCCUGGCGGACGUACAAUCAUGCCAGUCCGUUGGACAGGUUGACGCCAAAAUAGAUGACCUGGAACGGCAUAUUAUCGCUGUCCAAGCUCUGCUUGUGGAAUUCAAGAAGAAGCACAACGAACUCCUCCCCAUUUCACGACUCCCACCCGAGAUCCUCUGCAAAGCAUUUCUCGAAGUCAAAGAUGACUACAUUCGAGUCGCAGAGGAAAAAUUCUCAAAACCCUGGUUUCGACUACCUAUUGCUUCCUGGUGUCGACUUACUCAUGUGUGCCACCAUUGGAGACUAGUAGGGAUUGAGCACUCCCCUCUGUGGGCGAGUAUCAGAGGCAAUGUCCCUGACCAUGUGUUGACCUUUCAUUCGCGAUCGAAGGAAACACUCCUCGACCUCGAGUGGAUGGAACCCGAUCGACAAGGUCUCGACCCUCAUCUCGGCGCCAUCCGCAGACCGUUAUCACAGACGAGCCGAAUCCAAUCCCUGAACCUUGGAUUCCUUCGUCUGGACACCAUGCUCGCAUUGGUGUCCUCACUAUCAUCGUCAGCACCUGUUCUCCGUAAUCUCUCCCUUUCCAGAUCCGAAUACUAUAGGAUGUCACAAGAGAUGCCGACAAGAAACUGGCUCCUACCCCAACUAUUCGACGCUGGUGCCCCUCAUCUUCAGAAGCUUUCGCUAACGGCAUGCGCAAUCCCCUGGACGUCAGCCUUGUUCAACCAUUUGACGGAGCUUGAGCUUCAAGACAUUCCAAUCCGACCGGAUUUCCCCACGACCCUUUUUGACCUGUUCAGACGCUCUCCAAGAUUGAUUAAAGCCGUCAUCCGGCCAAGCGCUCCGGAAGACAGAGAUGUGGAGGAGUAUGUUCCACCAACCGUGAACACUCCGAUCGCUCUCCCCCAACUCGAGUAUCUGGAGCUUGCAGGUCAUGUGCAAAUGUGCUGCGAUACUCUAGCCUAUCUCUCAGUCCCCGAGAAUGCCUGUGUCCGGGCCGUCUUUCAUUACAUAGGGGACGCGUGGGUCACCACCCUUCCACAGUUCCUCCCAUCCCGAUUUGAAGGAAUCCGCUCCCUUCGCAUAAACCCGCAAGGCACAGAACAUAUAGCGGUCACCCCUUGCAGGGGCUUGAUCGACUUUGCGCCGCCGUUUGACCACCAUCGAGAGGACGAAUUCACCUUCGACGAUUUCAGAAUGUGUGAAGAAGCAGCGAUUUUCGACACCUUUUCAUUUGGCAAAGUCGAAGCCGUCCAUUACAAGGACGAUGCUCAUGGCUACGCGGGCGGGUUUAAUACACGGGUCCUGCUCUCACUACCGUCUGUGAAAAGCGUUACUCUGUCCGGUGCGAGUCAGAUCGCGACCUCAUUUCUGCAGAUUUUUCGAGGCCACUUGACUCGGAAGAUCCACGGAGGGGCAGGAGAUGAACCCGUCAUCACUCUUGAUUUACUGCCAUCCUUACAGCACCUCUCAUUCGACUCCGUUAUCCUCCUUAGAAGGGGCUGUAAAUAUUGGUGCAGUAGACAUGACCCAGUCCGAAUCACUCUCCUGAGCGACGUGCUCCGGAUGAGACGCGAACUCGGUGCACCCAUCAAGUCACUUCGAUUCUAUAGGGGCCGCAACAUAUCACAAGAUUUGCUUGACGAUCUUCGAGCGGAAGACCCACUUGGACCCGAAGGACUUCAAGUUCUAUGGGAUGGAAUAGAAGAAGAAUUGCUAUGUUAUAGCCCGGACUGUGAUUGCGGCCUUAACAAGGGCCAGACUUCUUCAGAUGAGUAG